AUGCCCCGCUUUAAUCGACAAGAGCAGCUCCCGCUCCAUAUCAAGCGCGCUAUUUGCGCGCACCGCGUCGACAACCGCCGCCUGCGUCAUGUUGACAUGGCGAGGUGGUGCUACACGCAGUACGGAUUGCGCCCGGAUCGCUCCACUGUCGGCCGCAUAUUGAAGCUCCCCGAGCGAUGGGCUGUCACGGCAACCGACGACAACCAAGUGCGCCGUCGAGGUGGCGCAUGGCCUGAGCUGGAGCAGGCCAUGGCGCGGUGGAUCGCAAACGCAGGGCCCGCUGGCAUGCCUCUGACGCUGCAGACCAUCCGCGACCAUGUCGCGACGAUGUCCCGGAACAUGGGCAUUCCGCCCUCAUUCCGCUGCUCCAUCGGCUGGGUGCGCCGUGCUUUGAGGUACCAGGGAGUGAGGUGCCGUGCAACACAAGGCGAGGCGGCUAGCGCGGACAUGGCCGCCGUGCGCCACGCACGUGAGAAGCUGCCGCAACUCCUCACGCAUCUCGGUGUCACCCCGCGGGACACUUUCAACCUCGAUGAGACGGCGCUCUGGCUGUCAGUCCUCCCUCGGCGCACUUACAGCAACGGCCGCAUUCCCGGCUGCAAAUUAUUCACACAUUUCAUAUCGCAGCUCAAUGGUGCGAUGUACGCCAAAGGUCGCAAGAUCGUGUUGCUGCUCGACAACGCGAGCAGCCACAUGCUCCGCUCUGAGCUCGCAUGGAGCGAGAUCGUCUGCGGCAUGCGGACGACCUGCAUGAGCAACGUGCGGCUCGUCUUCCUGCCGCCGAAUACCACCACAUUCACACAGCCGCUCAAUCAGGGCAUCAUAGCCGCCGUAAAGGCCCGCUACCGACAGCAUUGGCUGCGGGCCUUCUCGGCUUUGUGGAACGGCGACGGCGCGACUUUCGCCGUCGCACGUUUCCGCCCGAACUUGCGCGAUGUCCUCGCGUGGACCUCGGUCGGCGCGCGCACCAUUCAACGGUGCUGGUGGCGCACGGGGUGUCUGCAGCUCUCGUGGUCCCUGGAGCUGACGCAUGUACACGACGAUGAGCCCUCCCCCGCCGUCUACCCCGACAUCGAGCUCGACGAUGACAUCGACGAUGUCGGGACACUUAUUAGCGUGCUCGCCCUCGGGAAUGCGGCGAUGACGGCCGUAGAGUACGUCGCCACCGACGACGGCGAGCCAACGUGCGCCGAGGGCGCUGCGGGACAGCCCACAACUGAGCCGGAGGCGGGCCUAGAGGUGGAGCUUUGGCACGCGCCGACGACCAUGCAAUCCGUCUACGACGACGCCGACCCAGUGUGCCGCGAAGCGUGGCGCACUGCACGGGUGGCAUGCGAGAUGCUCAUCGGAUAUGCACGGGCCACCCGCAUCACGCCGCGCGAUCUGUGCCAUCUGUUCGAUAUCCGCAACCCCAUCGUAAUCGCGCGGAUGGAGCGGGCGAGCCCGUCAUUCAACCUCAACGUGGCGCCUCAGCCCGUACCCUCCACGGGCGCAACUCCCACGCCCGAGACCCCUCGUCCGCGCGGCCGUGUGCUGCCCGGCUGGAUGACCCGUCCGUCUCGCCGUCAAGAGUUGUUUGACGCCGGUGUGGGCGCCGUGAUGGACGGGUAUGUGGACGCGGCUGAGUGGAUGCGUCUGUGA